AUGCUACAUGGCGCCCGUUACUGCGUGACGUUCAAGGGCAAAGAGGGAAUAGAAUACGCCACAGUUCGAAUCGUCUACAAAAAGCCAGAGCACGUGCCCAAAUAUGAAGCCAACGACGAGCCACGGGGCAAGAAACCGCCGACGAUCAUUGACCCGACAGAUCCAAAUUCCUACCAACAUCCUGCUGGUGAUGCUCAACCAGAAAUGCAUGACGACGGGCCUGUUUGGGACGAUGGGCUGGACUAUACUGAAGACGCUGCCGGCCCCUCGACCUCCACA